GCUACAAAGUGUUAGCCAACCUAGACAGAAAGGUGUCACCUUUUUGUGUAAUGCUAGUCGCAAUGUAAAACCGCAUGUUUAGAGAAGUAGCUAAUCCUGCAACAUUAAGGCUUUACUAUUUGGUUUGGACGCAGACGACGACUAAAUUGAAGGUAACGUUGUAUGUUUUCGACAGCUAGCUUAUUGCUUUAGGUGACGGUAGUGAAGCUAUAACAUUAGCCAACAAUCGUUAAGGAGUCGACCCUUUUCAUGAACGUGUUGUUCAUAACAAAUGCCAACACCACUGGGUUAUUUCACCCAGUAAGGGGAGCAGAAGUGCCCGGCAUCAAAUGAAAGGUGGUGGAGGUGGAACUUGACCCAUCCAACUGAGUCACCAUUUUCCUGCACACAAUGGGUUUGGUGGCUCCACUGUAUGCAUGACUUGUUUUGUGUGGCCUGAUGGGAGGAUACUGUGGAUAGUACUUUCAUCAGGAUACGAGGAGAGCCAUCCCAUGCCCCCACUUUGGAGGGCCUUUCAGAAUGAAGAAGAUAAGCCUUAAGACCAUCCGCAAGUCCCUCAGCAUAAAGGGCAAAGAGGAGGGGGACUUUGUCAUGCUCCAGCAGCCCUCAGUGACCACAGAGUUUUCUAAGGAAGAGUCACUUUUUGGGGGCUGCUACACCAAAGACCUUUCAGGUUGUGAUCUUGGUGGCGAAGAGGACAAAGGCCAGAACAAGGGCCGGUCCAAGAGUGAGAGCCUGAUGGGAUCAUUAAAAAGAAGGCUAUCUGCCAAGCAGAAGGCAAAGGUGAAAGGUGGCUCCUCUGCCAUAGGCUCAGUCGAUGAUGAUGACACCUUCUCAUCCAAUUCUGUACCCAUUAGCUUCAAUGAGGUGAAAGCCCAGAGACCCCUGAGAUCUGCAUCACUACGGAGUCACCAUUACAGCCCCUCACCAUGGCCUCUGCGGUCAGUGAACUCAGAUGAGGCGUGUAUCAAAAUGGAGGUAAAAGUUAAAGCCAUGGUUCACUCUCCUAGUCCUAGUCCCAAUUUAAAUGGUGUCAGGAAAGAAUUUCAUGAUUUCCAGAUGGAAGGGCUCUUUCAGGACCAAGCGGAAUCAUUAAAGAAUCUCCAGCAGCCACAAAACGGAGAGCUCCAUCUAAAUAUUGAUGAAAAUGAUGUGCCUGUGGUGCUGGGGUUGACACCCCAGGACUACAUCCAGUACACAAUGCCUUUAGAUGAGGGAAUGUACCCGGAAGGGUCCCACUCCUUCUGCCUGGACAGCUCCUCUCCUAUGGAGGUGGUUGCUGAGGCAGACAAUGGGUCCCUCCACACAGACCAGGGACAGGAGGAACAUGAACUAGUUAGUGGGAUGCCACCAGAUCUUUUCAUGGAAACCUCAGUGAAUGGUCUUCUCAUCGGUUCUGCUGGUGUGAUGCUCCAAAGCUCAAGAGUAGAGGUCCCACCUCCCCUCUCUCCUCUCCUGCCGCCCAUGAUAAGUAAUGGACAUAUCCCCAGGACUUUUUCGGGGUUCAGCUCUUCAGACAGCCAGGUAGCCGAGAGAGUAAGACACCACCUUAACUUCGACCCAAAUUCCGCUCCUGGAGUCAGUCGGGUUUAUGAUUCAGUCCAGAGCAGUGGGCCCAUGGUUGUGACCAGUCUGACAGAGGAGCUGAAGAAGCUGGCGAGACAGGGUUGGUACUGGGGCCCAAUUACACGCUGGGAGGCAGAGGAAAAGCUCGUCAACUUGGCUGAUGGCUCAUUCCUGGUCAGAGACAGCUCAGAUGACAGGUACCUGCUCAGCCUGAGUUUCAGGUCACAGGGCAAAACUCUCCACACCCGCAUUGAACACUCCAAUGGACGCUUCAGCUUCUAUGAGCAGCCUGACGUGGAGGGACACACAUCCAUUGUUGACUUAAUCGAACACUCUAUCAAAGACUCAGAGAAUGGAGCUUUUUGCUAUUCCAGGUCUCGCUUACCAGGGUCUGCAACCUACCCUGUCAGACUAACCAACCCAGUAUCUCGGUUUAUGCAAGUUCGCUCCCUGCAGUACCUUUGUCGCUUUGUCAUUAGACAAUACACGAGGAUAGACCUAAUUCAGAAACUUCCCUUACCUAACAAGAUGAAAGAUUACCUGCAGGAGAAGCACUACUGAGGACACAGACAGGACAGUGGUAGCAAUUUGCACUUUUGUGUUCAGUUAAGAGAUUUAAACAAGGUUUACAGACAACCAUAGUUUUGAGAUGAUUGGUUCUGGUGGCUCUUGAUUUGUGUCCAGGUGACUCUGUCACUGUUUAGUCCUCCAUUCCACUGUUCUGGGGUUUUAAGAUGGUUUUAGGAGGCUCUGUUUGCAGAGGCAAAGGCCAACAGAUAAUCUAUUGCAAAAAGUAUAGCAGAGGUGUACAGUCAAGUUAUCCUAAUUGCAUACAUAAAUUGCAGACAUAAGGCAUGCAUUGAAAUGUAUGGUGAAGUGUAAUACCCAGCUGUGCAAAACAAGCAGGUUUUAAAUCUUCAUUAAAUUUGGGCCUGUGAAAAAAUACAGUUCUAAAUUUCACA